AUGCAGCCGACACGCGCACUCCAGGUGCUGCGCUAUCGCCGCUUGCGGCUCACAACCAAGGACGUCAACAAGGGCUACUACAAGGGUACCGGGUCCGGGUCCAUGGGUCGCCAUACCAAGCAUGGUGGUUAUAUUAUCGAGUGGAACAAGGUGCGGACGUAUGUCUGCCCGCCGUUGGAUGGGUUUAAGCUCACGCCCUUUGUUACAGCCACCAUGCCCCGCACAUACGGCAAGUACGAUACCAAGCUUGGGCCGAAGGACGCGACAAUGUAUCUGGAGCGCUGGAAGGCGGAGAACGGGCUAGACUAA